GAAGCCGCUUUGCUGCUUUUUCCUCGAUUAUCGGGUUUUGCUUGGCCGAGGUUUUUUCGCCUUUCUCUGCGAUUAGGGUUUCCUUCGAUCCUUUUUUGGCCUAGAACUUUGUGAAGGCUCAAUAGGCAAUUGGCUGCUAGGGUUUCGGGCUUGGUAAGGUUUUCAUCUUGGCAAUGGUCCGUUCGAUGAGAGAGUGGAGCGGAGAGGAGGCGAAGGGAGAUGCCUCUGAUCGGUUUGAUCGGUCUCAGGAGAACGAGGAUUGCGAUGAAUCGACGGUAAUUGAGGGAUCAGAGCCAUCGGAAGAUUCGAUUGAUGUUGGAAGCAGUGGAGGACGUUCCGAUGCCUUGCCUGGAAGGAUCAGAGAUGUUCUUCGUGAUGGAGCGGAUGCUAAUCUGCUGCUUGGGCGCGAGGAGGUGGAGAAUGGGAUUUUGCAGUGGCUUCAAGCGCUAGAUCUUCAGGUGAUCGGGGGAUGCCGUGCGGAUGAGAGGCUAAGACCUCUGCUUAAGCUGAAUGCUUCUAGCGGUGCUGCAGAAGACCAGUUUAUUGCCCAGCUUCUUCAGCAUUUUGAAGCAUCGGAAGUUGCAGUUCUUGCCCGUUGCUUAUGUCUUCCUCUUGUUUCUGUUCGUGUGGGGAAGAUUAACAAGCAGGGAAGCAUGUUAUUCCCAACUCCCUUUAGGGGUUUUCUGAGUUUGACCCUUCUUCCGUCAUCUCACAUGCGCUUAUCUUUUACUGAGGAUGAUGGUCACAUUGAGAGACUGGCAUUAAUUAGCAACGACGGGGAAAGUUCUUCAGUGACUAUUGAAAGUAUUUCAUCUGAUAAUUCUGGCCGUUCAUUUUUGAUAAAGUUCCCUGGUUCUGGGAACAUGUACUUUUGGUGCUCUGAGAAGUCGAAGACUAAUGGCAUGGAAUUACUUGUGAAGAUGAAAGAUCUACUUAUCAGGAAGCCUUCGCUUGCUUGUUUGACCGGGAUAUCCAAAUCUCGGCUCGACUCAUUUGCUAUUUAUCUUCGGGCUUUUAUUCUUGCUUCAUCAAGCACUCCAGCAGCUGCAUCUACUUCUUCAAGUGGCCUACUGAUGGCUACUAGUUUUCAUUCAUCAUCAGAAGCUGAUCUUUGCUGCCAAUCAAGAUCUUCCCAUGUCCGAAGCCCUGCAACUCAUGUGGCAGAGGUGCAUCCUGUCUCUCUAAGCAGUCUUAGCUCUAGAUCAAAUGCUUUCAAAGAUGGAACCCUUAGAAAUUCAUCUUUAGCCAAUGGUGUCCGUGAGAAUGUGGGAAAACGAGUAGUGGAUUCAUGCAUCCAUAUCCAACCAAGUACAUCAUCUGCCUCAUUGCACGAUCAAUCUACUAACCUAACUGAAGCAGGAAAUGUGGAAAAACAUGAAAGUCCAGGAUUGUCUUCUCUUUCCUCUCUUUUGGUUUCAUCAAGUCCGACAUUCACUAUUCCUUCACCAAUGAGCAAUCAAAAUUCCUUUUUCUCACCAUAUUACUGCUGGUGUCCUCCCUUCCCCACCUCCCUGCAGUUUAACACAACUCAUCAUCUUCCCACUGCAUCCGAAUUAAUGCCUCUUCCACCGCUAUCCACGUUCUUAUCUCCUGCAGCCCCACCAGAAUCAUUGGUCUCAACCAAAUCUCCAUUAAAUGUUACUGAGUUCCCACCUCUAAAACUUCCUUCUCUUCUUCCAGAUCCUUUGGUUCACCUUUCUAUGCCCAUACCCUCACUCUGUCCCCUGCCAAGCUCCCAGCAAAUCGCAACAUUCACGCCAUUCAUAUCAGAUCCCAUCGUCCAUAUCCCAGUCAUCGACUUCUGCUCCUCCGGGCAGGGUUACCUUGUCAGUGCGGGGCCUUCUAUGUCUGCAUGCAUUCCACCUUUGCCCAUCAGCCAUGCAAGUCAUCAGCUUCUCCCACCCUCUGAGUCUCUAGCUGAGAAGAAUGCAAGAGAGACGCUUAGGUUGCUCAUGGCUUCGACGCCAACGCUGACUCCUCCUAAGCUGUUCAAUGUACUUCCUGAAGUUCUUAGCAGCAUGAACCUAUGUGGAAAUGAGAGUUCGGUGCCUGGAAACGGUCUAUUGGAGGGAGCUGUUGUUGAUGUAGAAUCAGCAUCCUCGUCUGCCGGUGAUACAAGCGAUGAAGCUUUCAAUGAAGAAAUGGAAGAAUGUAAUUGCCCAAAGAGUAAUAAUUGUCGAAUGUUUAACCAUGAACCUGAUGAAAUAUAGUUUGGUGGUGAUCUGCUUUUUGUGCAUAUGGAUAUAUAUGAUCAGUUUGCUGCUCGAGAAGGCGCACGGUAGUAGCCCCUUCUCCAUUCCAUAAUGCCGUGUGUGAUGCUUUUUUGGCUCGCUGCAUAUUUGUUAUUUUCCUUAUAUUUUUCGGUUUGUAAUAUCGUGGAAAUUUUGGUAUUUUCUCGAAUUUAUUCGAGUUUAUUUGAUAAGAAA